UACACAGAACAAAUGGCAGAAGCAAAUCUCUCUCUCAUAGUAGAAUUCACACUCCUGGGAUUUUCUGACCUUCCCAACCUUCAAAGUUUUCUGUUUGGACUUUUCUUCAUCAUUUACACUGGUAUCCUGAUGGGAAAUGGACUUAUCAUUGUAAUUACUAAUAUUGAUCCUGCGCUCCAGACCCCUAUGUAUUUUUUCCUUAGAAAUUUUUCCUUUUUGGAAAUCUGUUAUACUUCAGUCAUUCUUCCAAGGAUACUCGCUAGUCUGUGGACCCAGAAGAGAAAUAUCUCUUUUCCAGCCUGUGCAGUGCAAUUUUGUGCUUUCUUUGUUAUGGCAAUCACUGAAAACUUCCUCCUAACUGUAAUGGCUUAUGAUCGUUAUGUGGCCAUUUGUAAACCUCUGAAUUAUCCUCUAAUCAUGAACCACAAGGUGUGUGUCUGGCUAGUGGUUGGCUCUUGGAUCAGUGGGAUCCCAAUCCAUAUAUUGCUGACAUACUUGAUUUUCUCUUUGCCUUUCUGUGGUUCAAAAGAACUCAAUCAUAUUUUUUGUGACAUUCGCCCAUUACUUAAGUUGGCAUGUGGGGACACCUCUGUGAAUGAGUUCUCCUUUUAUGCUAUUGUCUUGGUACUUGGCAUGCUGCCAUUUCUGUUGAUAAUAUGGUCAUAUGUGAAAAUCAUCACAACCAUCCUGAAGGUUCCAGGAAACAAGGGGAGAUCUAAAGCAUUUUCCACUUGUUCCUCUCACCUCAUGGUUGUGGUCCUAUACUUUGGGUGUGGUAUCAUUACAUAUUUGAGACCCAGUUCUGACCAGAUAGCAGGACUAGAUAAAGUGCUCUCUAUCAUCUAUACUACCAUAACCCCAAUGUUUAACCCGAUCAUAUACAGUCUGCGUAACAAAGAUGUUGUGUUGGCAUUAAAAAAAUUGCUAUUUAAGUGA